GAAGGAAGUGAGGACGUAGCGCAAAGCAUGCUGGGCCCAGGUGGGCUCCAUUCUACAGACUCCUUCCUCACAGGGUGGUUGCUGAGAAGUGAGCGCUGCUAGGAGAUUUAACUGAUCUAGCCGGUUGGCGCUAUGAAUGAAUGGAUGAAGAAAGGCCCUUUAGAAUGGCAAAAUUACACUCACAAAGAAGUCAGAGUGACAGCGAGUGAGAAGGAGUAUAAAGGAUGGGUUUUAACCACAGACCCAGUCUCUGCCAAUAUUGUCCUCGUGAACUUCCUUGAAGACGGAAGCAUGUCUGUGACCGGAAUUAUGGGACACGCUGUGCAGACUGUUGAAAUAGUGAAUGAAGGGAACCAUAGCGUACGAGAGAAGCUGAUGCAUUUGUUCACGUCUGGAGACUGCAAGGCACACAGCUCUGAGGAUCUGGAAAAGAAAAAGAACGGCCUAAAGAGAUGGCUCGAGAAGAACCAUAUCCCCAUCACUGAACAGGGCGAUGCGCGAAGGACUCUGUGUGUGGCUGGGGUCCUCACUAUAGACCCACCGUAUGGUCCAGAAAAUUGCAGCAGUUCUAAUGAGAUUAUUCUGUCCCGUGUUCAGGAUCUUAUUCAAGGACAUCUUGCAGCUUCCCAAUGAGAGGCCAAGAACUACGGGUGCAUUCAAAUAAAACUUCAUCGUUUUUUCCUUCAUAAAAUGUUUUGAAUGU